AUGACUUGGGGAUCCCUACUCUCACAACUGCUGCUGCUGCCGCUGUUCUCAGGCUCCCCUAAGGUUGAGGAGCUUCAGCGCAGGGCAGGGCAGACACUCUCUGUGAGAUGCAAGUACCCGACCAGGACCGGUGCCUACGAGAAGAAAAGCUUGUGUAAGGAAGUGUCAGCAUAUCAGUGUAUCAGUUUAGUCUCUAGCUCCCAGCCCUGGACACUGGCUCAGACCUCUCGAUUCUCAAUCUGGGACAACCCUACUGAUGGCUUCUUCACUGUCACCAUGAUCAGUCUGAGGGAGGAAGACUCAGGACACUACUCGUGUAGAACCUACCAUGCUUCUGGAAAAUCUGUCUUAAGGUCCACAAAGUUCUAUCUGGUGGUGUUGACAGCUCCCACCAUGACCUCCCCGUGGUCUCCACCAAGAGCUCUGAGCACAGCCUGUAACAGAUCUCCCUGUGACCAGGACUCAGCACAGACCUUGGGCAGUUUGGCCCCAAUUGGAGGAGCCAGCAAGGCCCCCAGGGCUUCCUCUGGCACCACUGUCCCUUCACAGCAACAUAACUCCACCCUCAGCUCCAGCGCUGCAGCCCCCAGUGUCCUGGUCCCCGUGCUGUGUGGACUCCUCACGGCCAAGAGCCUCGUGCUGGCUGCCCUGUUUGUCCUGUGGGUCUUGAGGAAUUGACAGGUGCAAUACAGUGGGUCUCCGAUGUGCCCAGCUCAGCCCAAGCCACAGACCUGAAAGCACUUCCUACUGAGCCACAGGACCCAAGAUGGAUGUGGCCAGGGCAGCCUUCCUCUCUGUCUGGAGGCUGUGGCCACCAACCUAGUGUGUAGUGGGGUGGGGAAGGGGGAGGGAUUGUGGGCAAGGAAAUUCCCUAAAGGGCCACUUCUGCAUAUGUGUGCAAUUCUGCGACAGCCCCUGACCACCCUCCUGGUCUCAUGUCUCACUGCAGGUAAGACUUGCAAUGGAAAAUCUCAGAUGAAACUUAGGAGCCCAGAUGCUAGGAAAGCCACCUGUCACUUUGAGCAGGUCAUUGACCUUCUCUGGACCUCUGUUUCCCCAUAUGCAGAGGGAUAAAUAUUAUACCACACUGUUGUGAGGAUUAGGCUGAACAAUACAAAUGAACAAGUUUUGUAA